CACACGCUAUCGACUCCUUGGAAGCGAGUUCAGUUCCAUGUGGCAUGUGGGAGUGGCAACCUACUUUAGUCUUUACAUAGUGGGGCAACGGCAACGGCAAGUGGCCACUCGAUCCACCACCACCGCAAUGCGCUCUUCACCUUCACCAGCAGCACAUCCACCACCACCACCACCACCACCAUCACUAUGGCGACUCCCGAAUCAGAUCCAGCCAUGACCGCGCCCACCACCGGGUCCCCGCGGCGAGCACUGAUCCUGUACGCGUCGCAAACGGGCACGUCCGAAGACCUAUCUCUCCAGCUGUCCGACGUCCUCACGCGGCACCACAUCCACCCCACCGUCCUGUCAUGCAACGAGCUCACGCCCCUCUCCACCCUGCCCACACACGCUCUCAUCUUCCUCCUAAUCUCGACCACCGGGCAAGGCGAGAUGCCCGACAACGCCAAGCUCUUCUGGCGCGGUCUGCUACGGAAGAAGCUGCCCGCCGCGUGGCUGGGGGAGGUGAGCUUUGGCGUGUUUUGUCUCGGCGACACGACGUAUCCGAAGUUUUGCUGGGCGGGCAGGAUGGUAGGGAGGAGGUUGCUGCAGCUCGGUGCGAAGGAGGUCGUGCCCAGGGUGGAGGCGGAUCAGAGCGCUGAUGAGGGCACCGAGGGCGCGUUUGCGGGCUGGGUAGAGGUGGUUAGGAGCGUGCUGAGGCAAAAGUGGCCGCUGAUGGAUGGGACGGAGGAGAUUAAAGAUGAAGUCGUGCUCGAGAGUAAGUGGGUUCUUGAGUUCGCGGGUGCGGACGGGGAGGCGGACGGGAAGACGGAUGGGGAGGCGGACAGCAAGGGCGAGGUGGAUGGGAUGGAAAUCAUGAGGAAGCUGCACGCACCGCGGCCCGGAGCGAUACUGGCCACCGUCGCAAAGAACGAGCGGAUAACGACGCCCGAGCACUGGCAGGACGUGCGGCACCUCGCCUUCACCCUUCCGGAGCCCAUGUGCUGGUCUCCGGGCGAUGUCCUCUCCAUCUCUCCCAAAAACUUCCCGGCGGACGUAGAGCACCUCCUCGCGCUGCAGAACUGGACCGCGAUCGCCGACCGGCCACUGGUGCUCAAACCCUCCGCCCACCUGGCGCCCUCUGAAAUCCCGCCGUGCCCCAUCUCCACCCCCAUAUCCCCCCUCACCCUGCGCACCCUCCUCAUCCACCACCUGGACAUCACCUCGAUCCCGCGGCGGUCCUUCUUCUCGCUCGCCGCGCACCUCACCACCGACUCGACACACAAAGAGCGGCUGGCGGAGUUCGCAGACCCGCAAUGGAUCGAGGAGUUAUGGGAUUACACGACGCGCCCACGGCGCAGCAUUCUCGAAGUGCUCCAAGAAUUCAGCAGCAUCCGUAUCCCGCUCCCACGGCUGCUGCAACUGAUCCCGCGCCUCCGCCCACGACAAUUCAGCAUCGCCUCGUCCUCCCUCUCCUCACCCACAAGCAUCGAGCUCCUCGUGGCUAUAGUCCGCUACAAAACCGUCAUUAAGAAAACCCGGCUAGGCGUGUGCACACGGUACCUCGCCUCGCUCCUCCCCGACGCCGACGCCGACGCCGACACCAUCUCCCUAGUGUUCCACGGAGGCUCACUCGGCCUCUCCCCCUCACACCUCCGCGCACCAGUAGUCCUAAUCGCGCCGGGCACGGGCGUAGCACCCAUGCGGGCAUUGCUGCAGCACCGCCUCCUAUCCCCCAGCCCAGCGGUGGACAACACACUAAUCUUCGGCUGCCGCUCCUCACGCGCAGACUACUUCUUCUCGUCGGAGUGGACCUCUCUACAAGCGCGCGGCGCACUGCAGCUCUUACCCGCGUUCUCGCGGGACCAGCCGGCGAAGCGGUAUGUACAGACCGUUGUCCGCGAGAAUGCCGGGAAGGUGUGGGCCGCCCUCGCGGAGAGGGGCGGGAGCGUGUUUGUGUGUGGAAGUAGUGGGCGCAUGCCCAGUGCUGUGAGGGAGGCGCUCGUGGAGGUGUUUGCAGCCAGGGGGGGGAUGCGCAGGGAGGACGCCGUGAAGUGGCUCGAGCGGCUGGAGAAGGAGGGGCGGUAUCGGCAGGAGACUUGGUGAGCUGUAUACAGCUGGAGUGGGUACGUCACGGAGGGGGGGGUCAUUGUAUUUGAUUUGGUUUGGUGAGGAUGAGGAAGAUGUGGAUAGUGGAGGGUAAUGAAGGUAUAACAUGUAUGCAUACCAUCUCACUCGCUCGUUCUUCAACCCUUCCGCCAACACUUCCGCCCACGCUGCCGCCCAUACCACACUACAUGGCAUCUCACCCGCACAAACAUGCAUACAUCAUCAUAACGGCCAGAUCUGACCCGUCCACAUCUGACCCAUCCACAUCCACAGCCACAUCCACAG